CAGGCAGUGAGAGAAGAGUCCGUGUCCAGCUGCUGCCCCUCCAGCUCCUCCGCUCGUCAUGCCGGACUCCACGCUGCCCGUGCCGAGGCGCCUCACCUACGCGGUCGGCCACUUUCUGAACGACCUGUGCGCGUGCAUGUGGUUCACCUACCUGCUCGUGUACUACCACUCAGUGCUCAGCUUUCGGGACACGAGCGCCGGGCUGCUGCUGCUGGUGGGUCAGAUCGCGGACGGGGUCGCCACGCCGCUGGUGGGCUACGAGUCUGACCGGACACGAGGAUGCGGCUCGUACGGCAGAAGGAAAACCUGGCAUCUGAUCGGGACCGUCAGUGUUCUGGUGUCUUUCCCCUUCAUCUUUAACCCGUGCGUGGGGUGCGGCGUGGGGACACCACAGUGGGUGGGGCUUAUCUACUUCAUGCCCUUCAUCAUCGUCUUCCAGUUCGGCUGGGCUGCAACUCAGAUUUCCCACCUGUCGCUCAUCCCUGAGCUGGUCACCUGUGAGCACGCUAAGGUUGAGCUCACUGCUUACAGAUAUGCUUUCACAGUGAUGGCAAACAUCACGGUCUACGGAGUGGCCUGGCUGCUGUUUCACUUUCAGCACGCAGCUGAUCCGUCCGUGGCUGACCACCUGAGUCAGCUGGACAUCCCAAUAUUCAGGGACCUGGCGCUGAUCGUGUUGGGUAUUGGUGCCAUUUUCUCCUUCAUCUUCCACCUGGGCACAAGGGAGAGCGUUCAGUACCGGGAUGAGACGGGAGAGGGACACCCACUGCUGCCUGACCUCAGCUCGAGCACCAGGCCUCUGCUGCAGUGGAAACACUGGUUUACUGAGCCCUCCUUCUAUCAGGUGGCUGUUCUUUACAUGUGCACUCGACUCAUCGUCAACCUCUCUCAGACCUAUAUCUCUAUGUUCCUGAUCAAUUCUUUAUUACUGCCUAAGAAAUACAUCGCCACUAUUCCUCUGGUGAUCUACGUCAGUGGGUUUGUGUCCUCUCUGGCCAUGAAGCCGGCCAGCAAACGCAUCGGCACCACCAUGACAUAUUUUCUAGGCCUGGUGCCCAUCCUGGGCUUUGCUGUCUGGGUUUUGCUUGACCUGCAGAUGGGCAUUCGGGUGUACGGAGCGGCCGUACUGCUUGGAUCUGGAUCUGCCAUCAUUCUGGUCAUGUCGCUGUCCAUGACAGCUAAUCUAAUUGGAGAUCAGACGCAAAGCGGUGCGUUUGUGUACGGAGCAAUGAGCUUCACAGACAAGGUGGCCAACGGCCUGGCAGUCAUGCUGAUCCAGGGUCUGUACCCCUGCCGCACGUUGGUUUGCUGCUCGGAAUGCAUGUGGUUCUACCAUGUUGUCAUGGUAACGGUAACUGGAGGCGUGGCCCUUGUUGCUGGUUUCUGUCUCUUCACCAUGAUCUUCUGGCCAAUCAGGAUUCGCCGACACUGAGGAGAGCGUGUUUACUAGCAGGAGGUCUUCUCUGUGGACAGGGCAGGUCUGAGGCUAACCGCAGGCUUGGUGGAGAGAUAGCAGGAGAACAUGGAGAACAGAAGCAUCAGUGUGGUUGGAAACAGCACGUUGCGCUCUCUGUGGCAAGAGACCGUGGACACAGGGCUUUCUCUGUGCACAUGCAUUCUAAUGGAGAGCUAUGAGGAAGCAGUGCUUCAGUUACGAGAGUCCUGCCUCAGCACACUUUAUUUACGUCCUACUGAUUCUUCUUACGCACUCUUUGUUCUCCAUUCCGCGGAAUUUGGGUUUUAAUAAUAGCAAAGUCAGCUUUUUCUACGUCUGAAGAUGAUUUGUAGACACAGUGAAAACACGCCCAAAUACACAGGAGCUUUUUCAGGUGUGAAUGUAUCUAUAAAGUGUCUUAGUCUUCAGUUUCUGAGCUCAUAAGCGUAAAAUGUUGAACAGUUAAGAGCGCUGAUCCUUUAUGAGGUGCAAAAACUGAUCAUAGAUCAGCAUACAUGACCUGUUAAGUCAAGAGUUUAAGAGUAUUAUUAGAUAUGAACUGCCUUUGACCACAAUAGCCACAGAUUGAAAAGAUUUAUUGAUGAAUCAUCAGCCCCACAAACACUACAAUGGCUCUGUUUAGAAACUUAUUCGGAUCAUUGCAAAUUCCAUCUGGAACAAUAGCCGUAUUUGUAAUGUUAAUCUAAUUAUUCUAAAGCCCUUUGUCUCAUUCACCUAGUACUGUUCUCUGUAACUGCUCUGGAUAAGUGUUUUAUUUUGGGGAAACAAGAAAGGGAAUUCAACUUCAUGUUUGAUUUUGCUGCAGUAACUUUGUAGUACAGAGGCCAAAUGUUACAUCACAUCCAAGAUUUUGUCACUGAUAGAACUGUUAUUUCAGGAAGAGUUGCAGUUCCUUCUGCUGAUGCACUUUAUUCAGAUUGUGUUAAUGUCUAUACGUGCAAUGCUGUACAGGAGUAAUAGGAGUUUUCAUUGUUUUAUAAUAAAUUCUGCACUGGAGUAAUAA